CCUGGCUCUCAGAAGCUGAUUGACUCCAACACACAGCAUCUUCCUCUUCAGACGAGUAUUCCUUUCACUGCGCUUCUCACCCACUCCGUCUCUGCUGCUCCUUCUUCGUCUCCCUUUCUCCUCCCUUCCCUGCUCUGCCACUGCCGGUAUCACACUCUCUCCACUUAUUCUCCACAACCCCUCUUCUCUUCUCUGGAUCUCUCUCUCUCUCUCUCUCUCUCAUCCUCCUUCAUCUGCUCUGUCUCUCUCUCUCUAUUUCUCCCUCUUCCACUCUUUCUCCUGUUCAAUUCAGAUGAACGCAGUAUGUGGCAGGCUGUGGCUCUUUGGCUGUUGAUACUCGCGACUCUGCUCCGAGUAUCAGUGCAGGGUCCUCACCAGCGCUUUCUGCUCAGGGAGCUGCUGAGGGACUACAACCCCAUGGAGAGACCGGUGGCCAACGACUCCCAGACUCUCACUGUUCAGUUCUCCUUUACUCUAAUGCAGGUCAUGGAUGUGGAUGAAAAGAAUCAGAUCCUCACCACAAAUGCCUGGCUGCAGAUGCAGUGGUACGACCACUACCUCCAGUGGAACCAAUCAGAGUAUCCUGGAGUGAAGAACCUCCGUUUCACUCCCGACCAAGUCUGGACACCUGAUAUAUUGCUUUACAACAGCGCUCAUGACAAGUUCGAUGCCACCUUUAAGACCAAUGUGCUGGUGAACUCCAGCGGCUUCUGUGAGUAUCUGCCUCCAGGAAUAUUCGUCAGCACAUGUAACGUGGAUGUCAAAUGGUUUCCAUUUGACAUCCAGCGCUGUGAGCUGAAGUUUGGCUCCUGGUCAUUUGACGGCUGGCUGCUGGACAUCCAGAUGAAGGAGGCGGACGUAUCAGGAUACAUGCGCAACGGAGAGUGGGACCUACUGGAGGUCCCUGGAGGUCGUCAUGAGGUUUUCUAUGACUGCUGUGCAGAGCCUUACCCUGACGUUACCUUUGUGGUGACAUUGCGGAGGAGGACCUUGUUUUACGCUCUCAACCUCCUCGUGCCGUGUGUGCUCCUCUCCUCCAUGACCCUGCUGGUCUUCCUGCUCCCUGCCAACUCCGGGGAGAAGAUCAGCCUCGGCAUCACGGUUCUGCUCUCUCUCACAGUCUUCAUGCUGAUGGUUGCAGAGAUUAUGCCCGCCACUUCAGAUUCUGUGCCACUGAUAGGUCAGUACUUUGCCAGCACCAUGGUGAUUGUUGGGAUGUCAGUAGUAGCCACAGUCAUCGUUCUCCAGUUCCAUCACCACAACCCCGACAGUGGGCACAUGCCGCGUUGGGUGCACUUGGUUCUGCUGCAGUGGGUUCCUUGGUUCCUGCGGAUGAAGCGUCCAGGCGAGGGAGCGGAGCCAACUCUUUCCAACAGCCAGGCAGACUCUCAGAGCAAGACCCUGUCCUCUCCUACCACCACCACUACCACCAUCACCAUCCCCACCCCAGUGCCCUCCAUCCUGCCGCAGAGCCUCAACUCCCUGCAGGCCAGCCUCGCCCAGCUCAACCACCCUCUCCCACACUCACUGCCUCACAGGCCCAACUCCCAGGCUGUUAUCCUCCCUAAUCCCAGCCACAGCCACAGAGAUCCCAGCCCCAAUCCACACUCCCAGCCUAAUGGUCAUCUGCCUUACAUGGGCUUCCAGACCUUCCAGACUACCGCAGAACUGGAGCCAGUUCAGAGGAGCAGAACCACCAGUCAUGGGAGGUUUAACAGUGGACCCGGUGGAGGAGAGGGAGAGGGUGCAGCAGGAGCAGGAGGAGGACCGGCUGGAGAUACACCAAUCCACCACCACCUCCCAUCUUCCAAGUUCGGGAACCCUCCGCUGGAACCUCCAGUGUCCCCUGACCCUGACCCAUCAAGCGCAUCCUCUGGACCCUGUGCUUUAGAGGCUGGAUCAGGAGCAGGGAGAUCAGCUGUCAUGCACACCCACAGCAGCGUGAUGCGGUCUGUGGCUGUGGACAACCAGCUGCAGGCUCUUCUGGUGGAGGUGCAGUUCUUAGUGGAGCGUGUUCGUGAGCAGGACCGGCAGCUGAGUUUGGCGGAGCAGUGGCAGUUUGCUGCAGCUGUCAUCGACCGCCUGUGCCUGGUGGGAUUCAGUGUUUUCAACAUCAUCUGUACCAUCGCUAUCCUGAUGGCUGCACCCAACUUUGGAGAAGCACUGUCAAAAGACUUCCUCUGAGAGGCCACAAACAGACAUUUGAGAGUGAAGGGGAUGUUAAAGUAUAACACAGAUAAGGAUUUGUUGGAAGCACAACUGCUGUUAAUGACACUGGGACAAAUAACAGCAAAUAUUUCCUGCUACAGUCCAAGUAACAUGUGGAGUGGACUAUGAUUUAGAAACAUUACAGUUUCAUUUCAUGUGUUCUAAUAUAUACCGGAUCGUGCUCACAUUUACUCACAUUCUUGCUCACAUUCUUUUUGCUGUGGUUUCUAUGGAUGUUUUAUUGAUCUUCGAGUGGGCGGUUUGUGGACUGACAAAAUCAUCCGCUAAAUCCUUGACAAAUAACAAAAAAGAGUUUUGUAAAGUCAAUUCAUCCCA